AUGGCCGUCGUUGAUGACCAUCUCCAGUGGGGUCAUUCGCGGCUUCAGGCCUUCCAGACAAGAGGAGGAUUGCCUGCGCGGACUGGAGGGAUCGCGCAGUUGGCUCAGAAACAGCUCAGCAGGGUGGUAUUCACACUCCAUGAGGGAGUCGAGGUUCCACCGCGACGAAGCAGCCCUAACCAAAGCAAGCAGGUCAAGGUACUUGGGGGGCGUUGGCUAGUGGGCAGCUAUGGCGCUGUCUCGCACGCUGACUCGACACGGGAUGGUCCCAAGCCCUCGACGCCUCCAAGGACAGGGGCCGCGGCGGAGGUCGGGAUGGGUCAUUUCUGGAUUCAUUGGUCCAAUGGCCGCUGGUGGUCGUUGUGCGACUCCAUCACUUCUCAGGAGCUUGGCCAGCCCGUCACCAUGCCUUGGGCGUACCAACCGUUCAGUCCGUCCUGCCCGCCGUACGGAUGGGCUUGGGGCCAAAACAGCCAUUCGCAGCUAGCCACCGCCGAGUCGAUGAUGGAUGCGUAUGGCGCAUGUAUGUACGGUUGGUUCGCAGCGCUUUGGGCUCUCUCCGCCUUGCGUCUCGAGGAGUCGUUACUGGCCUACCCAUCACUCCGCACAAAGAAGCGUUAUGUAUGCAUGGAGCGUCAACACCAACCCGGCGGGAUGAGCAAGUUUGAUGGGCCUUACCUUACGAAAUGGCGAGACAAGAGUCUCUGCUGGUGGAUGAUGCCGGCGCCCCGGCGCAAAAGCUGUCAUGGUGCAGCAUCAGAUGUCCACAACGCACCGCGGGCUUCACGGGAUAAGCGCGCACAGGCUUUCCCACCCGGGACUGGUUACGCACGGCGAUUCCGUAACGAGGCAAGACUUGCGCAGCCGGCGGGGGGGUUUGCCUGUGCUGCCUGGCCUGGCCAUCUCGUCCCACGGCACGGGUGCGAUAGCACGCAGCCCGGGCAACCGUGCUCGCGCUGCCGGACAAGGAACAUUGCCUGCGUCGGCGUCGGCCAGCAGCGCUUCAAGUUUAUAAACCAGUCCUCGUCCUCGUCCUCGUCCUCGUCGGCCUCGUCGGGCGGUGCUGCCGCUGCCGCUGCCCACGGCCAAAAGGUCGUCAGCCGCUUCGUCGAGCACGCGACGCCCCUGGCCACGGGCAGCCCCAAGUCGCCGCUGCGCAACGGCAACGACCGCGUCGCCGACACGCUCGUCUACUUCCUGGCCUCGACGCACCAGGGCUACAACCUCAAGCCCUUCCGCCUGUCCGUGUUUGGGGAGCUGCCGCGCCGCAUCGGCUACUCGCCCGCCCUCGACGCCUCCCUCGCCGCCUUCACCAGUCUCCUCGAGACGCGGCAGUCGCCCUCGGAGCAGCUGAACCCCAGGUCGCUGCAGCUGUACGCGUCCGGCCUCAAGGCGCUCGAGACGUCGAUUGCCAACCCGUCGUCGAGAUACCGCUCCGACACCCUGUGCGCGGCCUACAUCCUGUCCGAGUGCCACAUAUGGCAGGGACGAAAUGCCAAGCUCUCCCGUGGACAUGCCGAGGGCCUGGUGUACCUAAUAAGUAAUAUAGCAUGUCAGGAUUUAAAAGACUUAUUUCUCCGCGGCAUAUGCUACGCGAUAACGGCAAACUUGCUACAAGACAGCGUCUUCAACCCAAACGUCAAGCUCAACCCGUGGAUCCAGGAACUAUACGACAUGCCCGAGCAGCCGCUGCGGCCGCUGCUGGACAUCCAGGCCAUGUCCCGCCUGCCCACCUGCGAGCUGCGCGUCUUCGCCAUGCUCCCCGACCUCAUCAGGCACCCCAACGAGAACAAGGAGCAGAUCCACUGGAUCUACAGCUACAUCCUGGACCAGUACCUACAGGUCAAGGUGUUCAUCAGCGCCAACCGGGAGACGUCGUGCUGGAACGCCUACGACGGCAUCAUAUGCAACGAGCGGCACGGGCUCUUCAUCGCCAUUGGCAUCACGCUCAACGCGCUGCUGCGCGCCUUCAACCCCAGCAACAUACUGCUCGUCAGCCAGCGGUCCAUAUUCUGCGCCGACGCCAUCAUCCUCGCCGAGAGGGCCAAGCAGGAGCGCCCGCUGGCCGCCCACCACGUGCCCCAGGCCAUCGUGGCCGCGUGGUGCGUCACCGACGACGAGGCGACCAAGGAGACGCUCCGGCAGCUGAUUGAGGACUACCGCUCCACGUUUGCCAUGGCCAAGCUCGUGCAGCACCUCUCGUGCUGGCCCGAGGCCCCGGCCAAGCUGCGCGAGAUUCCGUGGCUCACGCUGCCGCAGAAGACGGAGGCGGCGGCGGCGGCAGAAGCGGCGGCAGAAGCGGACGCGCAGUCGGUUGACACGGAUGACGGGACGGAAAUCAUCGACAGAGAGACGCACGAAUUUUGCUGCAUUCUAUAG